CGCGCGCUCCUACUCCGCCGCGACCGUCCGGGGAGGGUGGGGGGGGCUACUCCUCCCAAGUACCAUGUGUGACGGCGCCCUGCUGCCUCCUCUCGUCCUGCCCUUGCUGCUGCUGCUGGUUUGGGGACUGGACCCGGGCACAGCUGUCGGCGACGCGGCGGCCGACGUGGAGGUGGUGCUCCCGCGGCGGGUGCUCCCGGAAGACGUGCACCUGCCGCCGCUGCCCGGCGCUCCAGGGCCCCGCAGGCGCCGGCGCCCCCGCGCGCCCCCAGCCGUCCCGCGCGCCCGGCCCGGCGAGCGCGCCCUGCUGCUGCACCUGCCGGCCUUUGGGCGCGACCUGUACUUGCAGCUGCGCCGUGACCUGCGCUUCCUGUCCGGCGGCUUCGAGGUGGAGGAGACCGGCGCAGCCGGGCGCCGCGGACGCCCCACAGAGCUGUGCUUCUACUCUGGCAGCGUGCUCGGCUACCCCGGCUCUUUCGUCUCGCUUAGCGCCUGCGGCGCCGCCGGCGGCCUGGUUGGCCUCAUCCAGCUUGGGCAGGAGCAGGUGCUAAUCCAGCCCCUCAACAAUUCCCAGGGACAAGAGCAUCUGAUCAGGCGCAGAUGGUCCUUGACACCCAGCCCCUCUGCCGAGACCCAGGUCUCUGGGCAGCUCUGCAAGGUCCUAACAGAAAAGAAGAAGCCGAGGAGGGGCUGGCCGUCACGAGACUGGCGGGAGCGGAGGAAUGCCAUCCGGCUGACCACCGAGCACACAGUGGAGACGCUGGUGGUGGCCGAUGCUGACAUGGUGCAGUACCAUGGGGCCGAGGCCGCCCAGAGGUUCAUCCUCACUGUUAUGAACAUGGUAUUCAAUAUGUUUCAGCACCAGAGCCUUGGAAUUAAAGUUAACAUUCAAGUUACCAAGCUUGUCCUGCUACGACAGCGUCCUGCCAAAUUGUCCAUUGGGCAUCAUGGUGAGCGGUCCCUGGAGAGCUUCUGUCACUGGCAGAAUGAGGAGUAUGGAGGCGCACGGUACCUCGGCAACAAUCAGGUUCCAGGAGGCAAGGACGAUACGCCCCCCGUGGAUGCUGCUGUAUUCGUGACCAGGACAGAUUUCUGCGUACACAAAGAUGAACCUUGUGACACCGUUGGAAUUGCUUACUUAGGAGGUGUGUGCAGUGCUAAGAGGAAAUGUGUGCUUGCCGAAGACAAUGGCCUCAAUUUGGCCUUUACCAUCGCUCAUGAGCUGGGCCACAACUUGGGAAUGAACCACGAUGACGACCACUCCUCCUGCGCUGGCAGGUCCCACAUCAUGUCGGGAGAGUGGGUGAAAGGCCGGAACCCCAGCGACCUCUCCUGGUCCUCCUGCAGUCGAGAUGACCUUGAAAACUUCCUCAAGUCAAAAGUUAGCACUUGUUUGCUGGUCACAGACCCCAGGAGCCAGCACGCAGUGCGCCUGCCCCACAAGCUGCCAGGCAUGCACUACAGCGCCAACGAGCAGUGCCAGAUCCUCUUCGGCACCAACGCCACCUUCUGCAGAAACAUGGAGCAGCAUCUGAUGUGUGCUGGACUGUGGUGCCUGGUGGAAGGAGAUACAUCCUGCAAAACCAAACUGGACCCUCCGCUGGAUGGCACAGAGUGUGGGGCAGACAAGUGGUGCCGCGCGGGGGAGUGUGUGAACAAGACGCCCAUCCCGGAGCACGUGGAUGGAGACUGGAGCCUGUGGGGCAGCUGGAGCAUGUGUAGCCGCACGUGUGGCACGGGAGCCCGCUUCCGGCAGAGGAAAUGCGACAACCCUCCCCCGGGGCCUGGAGGCACGCACUGCCUGGGCGCAAGUGUGGAGCACGCGGUCUGUGAGAACUUGCCCUGCCCCAAGGGCCUGCCCAGCUUCCGUGACCAGCAGUGCCAGAUGCAUGACCGGCUGAGCAGCAAGAAGAAGGGCCUGCUGACAGCAGUGGUGGUUGACGAUAAGCCGUGUGAACUCUACUGCUCGCCCCUCGGGAAGGAGUCCCCGCUGCUGGUGGCCGACAGGGUCCUGGACGGCACGCCUUGCGGGCCCUACGAGACCGACCUCUGUGUGCACGGCAGGUGCCAGAAAAUCGGCUGUGAUGGAAUCAUUGGGUCUGCGGCCAAAGAAGACCGGUGUGGGGUCUGCAGCGGGGACGGCAAGACCUGCCGCGUGGUGAAGGGUGACUUCAGCCACUCUCGGGGCACAGUCAAGAAUAACCUUUGUACCAAGGUGUCCACGUGUGUGAUGGCAAAGGCUGUUCCCAGGUGUUUCUCAUGUUAUAUUGAAGCUGCUAUCAUUCCAGCUGGAGCUCGAAGGAUUCGCGUGGUGGAAGAUAAACCUGCCCACAGUUUUCUGGCUCUCAAAGACUCCAGCAAGAGAUCCAUCAACAGUGACUGGAAGAUAGAGCUCCCCGGAGAGUUCCAGAUUGCAGGCACGACCGUCCGCUAUGUUAGAAGGGGCCUGUGGGAGAAAAUUUCCGCCAAGGGACCAACCAAAAUGCCUCUGCAUUUGAUGGUGUUGUUAUUUCAUGACCAAAACUAUGGAAUUCAUUACGAAUACACCAUUCCCGUAAACUACACUGCUGAAAAUCAAAGUGAACCAGAAAAACCGCAGGACUCCUUGUUCAUCUGGACCCACAGCAGCUGGGAAGGUUGCAGUGUGCAGUGCGGAGGAGGGGAACGCAGAACCAUCGUGUCCUGCACACGGAUUGUUAACAAGACCACGACUCUGGUGAACGACAGUGACUGCCCUCAAGCCAGCCGUCCGGAGCCCCAGAUCCGAAGGUGCAACUUGCACCCAUGCCAGUCACGGUGGGUGGCAGGCCCGUGGAGCCCCUGCUCAGCGACCUGUGAGAAGGGCAUCCAGCACCGGGAAGUGACCUGCAUGUACCAGCUGCAGAAUGGCACACACGUCGCCACUCGGCCCCUCUACUGCCCAGUGCCCCGGCCAUCGGCAGUGCAGAGCUGCGAAGGCCAGGACUGCCUGUCCAUCUGGGAGGCGUCAGAGUGGUCACAGUGUUCUGCCAGCUGUGGUAAAGGGACAAAGAAACGAACUGUGACAUGCACCAACUCGCAAGGAAAAUGCGACGCAUCCACGAGGCCAAGAGCUGAGGAGCCCUGUGAGGACUACUCCGGCUGCUAUGAGUGGAGAACAGGGGGCUGGUCCAAGUGCUCGUCGACCUGUGGGAAGGGCCUGCAGUCCCGUGUGGUGCAGUGCAUGCACAAGGUCACUGGGCGCCAUGGCAAUGAGUGCCCUACCCUCUCCAAGCCAGCAGCCUACAAACAGUGCCACCAAGAAGUCUGCAAUGACAAGAUCAACGUGAACACCAUCACUUCCCCUCGCCUCGCUGCUCUGACCUACAAAUGCACACGGGACCAGUGGACAGUGUAUUGCAGGGUCAUCCGAGAAAAGAACCUCUGCCAGGACAUGCGGUGGUACCAGCGCUGCUGCCAGACAUGCAGGGACUUCUAUGCGAACAAGAUGCGCCAGCCACUGCCGCCACCAAGUUCAUGACAGGCGGCCAGUGGUCCCACGAUGCUCUGACAUGAGGUCUGAGUCCUGACGACAUGGCUAGUUGAAAGCCCACCCACCUGAGAGCACACCAGUCCUGCGGCUGGGACCCCCAAAGCACACCACGGCUCACCCAGGAGGCUGUCCCAAGAACCCAAUUGCUUAGAACCUGAGAGUGGACUUGACGUUUGCUUAGUGCUUUUAUACUUAAUAUAUUGUUAACAGCCACUGGAUGGCUUUCUACGGUAAGGAAAAAAUAGGCAUGAGUCACAAAAUAGCUGUAAUUUCUAAGGUUCCACGUACCUCAAAGGGAACACCUCUGACAGAAAUCGUCAAGAGAAACGUCACAGGCGCCCCUGUCUUGGCUUUCCUCUGACGUUUGAAUUCCCAGUGCUUGGUGUAUCGGGGGAGGGGGAGGAUAUCCAAAAACGGAGACGUUUUACUUUAAAGCAGGCUUUAUUCUGAAAGCCCGUGACACCCUGGAUGGAAGGAGGCUUCUCUGGAGAGGCCGGGCUGCUGGAGCCCCCUUGACACCACAAGGACCAGCACGUGGCCCCUCCGCUCUGUCAAGGAACGUGCUCUCUAGAUCGCAGCUUUUCCUUGGAGGUCUUGUCCCUGAGAGUCUGAGUCUGUGUGAAUUAAAAAGGACGCUAGGGCUGUGUAGUUCUGCAUACCACCUAUGUGGGGGAGAAUAUUCCAGAAGGGCUUGGGUUUGGGGACGUAUCUAGUUUUCAGAUCUCUGUUGUCCCCCACACAGGGAAACAGAAGAGCCUCUCUUCAAGGUGCUGUGAGAGGAGGCACGUGCUAAUUUUGGCCUUGGGAUUGCUUCCUGGCAUAGAG